UCGUCUGUUUUGUUGAAUUGGCCACUAAGAGAGCAGAAAACAGUUUCUAUGGUUAUGGUGGAUACACAAGUAACAGUCUUUCUGUAACAGAAUCACUAAGAACAAUUUCCUCAAGAAUGCAAGUGGGUCUGGGACACUCAAAAUGUAAAGCGGUUCAAUAUGAGCACCUACGGGACAUGCUAGAGGCCAAACGCCUUUCCUCUCAGUUCUCUCAACAGAAGGUGCAGAAGGUGUUGGAUGAAGCUCAGGUGAAUAAGGAAAGGAGUGUUUUGAGACUGCAUAGACAAGUGUGGCUCCAGGAGCACCACAGACUCAAUAUAGCCAGGCACAAGACUGAGAAGGACCUUCAGUGUUUUCUUCAUGGAUCUGGAUUUAAAGAAGAAGACACAGAUAUAAUUUUUCAGUUACAAGAAUAUGAAUUGGACCUGGAACAGGAACGUGAGGUGUUUCGAUUGACCACAGUGGAACCCGUUUAUCAGCUAAGAGAUGAUCUGCAGUACAGACUUUCAUUACACUCUUUAAAAGCCAAUCACAUCAGAGAGCCUGAAGAAGUCUUACAGCAGGUUCUGUCUGUCAGGCAGCAGCAGGAGGAAGUCAUGGACAGAUUGAAAUGUGAAUGUGUGCUUCUACAGCAGGACAUCUGUGUUACAAAGCUUGAGGAGAACCUACUGUCUGGUGCAAUGGAUGAUCAGGUAGCCUAUUUGGAGAAGGUUCCUGAUGAGAUCUUUACUGCAGACUGUCCGUAUCCUGACCUCAGAUCAGAUCUGAUCCACAGCUUUCAUUCUCUCACUGAGAAAUAUAAUCUCAGAAUAGCGAUACAGGAGACCAGACUGCAAGGCCUGGACAGGAAUUGUGGCUGGAAUGCAGAAGAUCAUGAAUGUUUCCAGCACAUAAUGAGUCAGUAUUCCCCAAGUCUCCGGAACCAGCGCUCACUUUACAUUGACAUGGUGCAGAGAAUGCUGCCACACAUAACCAAACAGGAAUUGUGUGCGCAUGAGCGUCAGAGUGACUGGUAUCAUUUCAGCAUGACACAGAAGAAUCUAAUACUGCGGGGCUGGCACCGGGAUCAUUCAGAGCUGCUCCUGAGGGCUUUGAGCAUGUUGGAGGACUGCAGAAUGUCUCACAUACAGCAGCAGGAACUUCAGAAGCAGCGCUCACACCAGCAGAACAUCUGCCUCAAACUUAAAGCAAAGCUACAGCAGUGGCGCAUUCAGCAGGAGGAGGCUGCGGAUUUGGAAGCUUCUCUUGCUGCUUACUGGUUCAAAGACGAAGAGGAGAGACUGAGAAAGGAACAGCUAAGAGAAAAGACUAAAAGAUCUCAACUAAAACAGCAGAUAAAUAGGUUCCAUGCAGAGAAGCAGAUGAAACAAGAAAAACAAAGAAAGAAGGAUAUGGAGAGGCUUGCAGAACUGAGGAGAGAAAUAGAAGAACAGGUGCAGAGAGAUAAAGAAAGAGUGAUGUUCAGGAGAGAGCGUUUUCAGCAGAGACUGCAAACGCGCGAAGCUAAAGAAAAACAAAAACAGAAGGACGAAAAAGAGAAAGAGGAAAGACUGCAGGCUUUACGCAACCAGGUCUGUAAAGUAGCUAAGGCCAACCCAAAGAGGAUGAUGGGAAACACAGUGGCUUGGAGCGUACGUCAACAGCCUGAGGAAGUGUUUACAUUACAAAGACCACUGUACCAGCUAAAUACAUUCACUGAUAAACAGAUUGUGUCUGAUCCCAGAGUGCGUAUUGAACAAGCGCUCAGAACCGCAGGUCUCCACGACAAACCUUAUGGAAGACAAAUUCUAUCUGAGCUCCAACCUCUAAAACCACCCAGACGAGACAUGGAGUCUGCAGCAUUCAGAUCCUGACCAAUAAUUAUAUAAAUGUAAUCUUCGUUUCACAUAAAUAAAUCAUGCUUUG